AUGCCUCGCCGGGCCGCCCCGCGGUCGCUGGUGGGGGAAGGCCGCGGGGCCCAGGGGGCUUCGGGGGCGGCGGCCACCAUGCUCCGCUCCCUGCUGCUUCACUCCCUGCGGCUGUGCGCCCAGACGGCCUCGUGCCUCGUGCUCUUCCCGCGCUUCCUAGGCACGGCCUUCAUGCUCUGGCUCCUCGACUUCCUGUGCAUCCGCAAGCAUUUCCUGGGCCGCCGCCGCCGCCGCCGGGGUCAGCCCGAACCCGCCGCUGAGCUUGACAGCGACGGCGAGGAGGUGCCCCCCGACGACCCGCCGGUCUGCGUGUCCGACGACAACCGCCUGUGCACCCUGGCGUCGCUGAAGGCCGUGUGGCACGGCCAGAAGUUGGAUUUCUUCAAGCAGGCUCACGAGGGCGGCCCGGCGCCCAACUCGGAGGUGGUCCUGCCCAACGGCUUCCAGAACCAGCACAUCCUUGACUACGCGAGGGGAAACCGCCCGCUGGUUCUCAAUUUCGGCAGCUGCACCUGACCACCGUUCAUGGCGCGCAUGAGCGCCUUCCAGCGCCUGGUCACCAAGUACCAGCGCGACGUCGACUUCCUCAUCAUCUACAUCGAGGAGGCUCACCCGUCGGACGGCUGGGUCACCACAGACUCGCCCUACAGCAUCCCGCAGCACCGAAGCCUGGAGGACCGGGUCAGCGCGGCGCAGGUACUGCAGCAAGGGGCGCCCAGCUGCUCUCUCGUCCUCGACACCAUGGCCAACUCCAGCAGCUCGGCCUACGGGGCCUACUUCGAGCGCCUCUACGUAGUCCAGAAUGGCACCAUCAUGUACCAGGGCGGCCGUGGCCCCGACGGCUACCAGGUGUCCGAGCUGCGCACCUGGCUGGAGCGCUAUGAUGCGCAGCUGCGGGGCGGCCAGCCGCGUCGAGUAUAAACAAUCAGUGGACCGUUGACUGAACUUGGCGGGCGGUGCCUUCGAGCCUUCGAAGCCCACGUGCAAACGCCCCAAACCAAGUCAGGUUUGCCGAGGGCCCAGUGACACAGCCGUGCUGAGCCUCGGGUGGCCGGCUGAGCCCGUGUCCUCAGCCAAGCCGCCCGGAAAGCCUCUCCCGCCUCCCUGGACUCCGUGGCUGUGACCGCCCCUCCCCUGUACCUGCCUGGCUGCCUCUAACGUGACGCCACCCUUGCCUGUGUCC